CGCCCUCCAAACGAACCGUGCAUCAUUGGUCCAAUAAAACGGGACGUUUUCUGUCCUGCACCAUCCUCGGCCUCCACGCAUCGGCCCACUGCGAUGCACUGACUCGCUUCUAAUCCCUUUUUGAUGAACUUGGUUAAUGGACCUCCUGCAGUGACUUUGGCUCUGUUCAUUAGGCAGCACACGACCUUCUCCACGCCCCCGGAUCACGCAAGCCGCGUCCCCGUCUCUCAGGUCCAUAAAUUCCCGUCCCAAUGUUGGGAAGUUUGAACUUGUACUUAAGAUCCCAGCGCUAACUGGUUCUGGUUCAGAGGAAGAAGAGGAGCCAUGCCACCGCGUAAAAGCCUGUUUGCGCCCUUCAACCCGGGAAACCUAGAGGGUGGGGUCGGAAACGUGGCCCCAGUGGAUCUCGGCGGGGACAUCCACGCCCUGCUGCAGCGGACCCGAGCGCAGGAGCAAGCCGAAGCACCCCGCACCAGAGACGGUCGCGACUUCUGCGAGGCUCCAUGCACCAUCGUGGAGCUUCGGCUGGGGCCCACCGGGAGCGAGCUGCACUAUCUGCAGCCGGACAGGUGCGCACUGGAGAGGGCGCAGAGGCGGCGGCGCCUGGCCGCUAACGCCCGGGAGAGGAGAAGGAUGCUCGGGCUGAACGUCGCCUUCGACCGGCUGCGGAGCGUCAUUCCGAACCUGGAGAGCGAGAAGAAGCUGUCCAAAUCUGAGACUCUGCAGAUGGCCCAGAUUUACAUCAGCACCCUGACUGAGUUGCUGCAGGACGGAGCCGGGGCCUGCGGGUCUCCGGAACCGAACAGAGUCGGACCGGGACCUGAUGGUGAGGUCCGGAAAGGGGAGAGGAGCAGAUAACCGGGUCAUGUGAGAGAAACUGAGAGACACUAAAGACUCAAACUUUUACUGUUUUCUAAUGAUUGUAAAUAAAUGUAGCAGUAAGG